AUGGAAGAUUAUACAAUUACUGGAAGAAUUGGUGAGGGUGCUCAUGGUUUAGUUUUACGGGGCAUACAUUGUGAAACUGGUAAACAUGUAGCGUUAAAACGUAUUAUGAUGAAAAAAAUAGAGGAUGAAAUACCUGUAUCUAUAAUACGAGAAAUAAAAAGCCUGCAAGAAUUGAAUCAUCCAUAUAUAAUAAAACUUUUAGAUGCAUUUCCAUCAGGGUAUGAUUUCAUAAUGCUGAAGAAAUAA